CGCCCGACCCCCGCCAUGCCGCCCUCGGGGCUCCGCGGGGCCGCGCCGCUGGCCGCGAUCGCCCUCCUGGCGCUGGGGGUCCCCCUGGCGCUGGCCGGCGAGGACUGCCUGUGGUACCUGGACCGGAAUGGCUCCUGGCAUCCGGGCUUCGACUGCGAGUUCUUCACCUUCUGCUGCGGGACCUGCUACCAGCGGUACUGCUGCCGGGACCUGACCUUGCUCAUCACCGAGAGGCAGCAGAAGCACUGCCUGGCCUUCAGUCCCAAGACCAUAGCCGGCAUCGCCUCGGCCGUGAUCCUCUUUGUGGCCGUGGUUGCCACCACCAUCUGCUGCUUCCUCUGCUCCUGUUGCUACCUGUACCGACGCCGCCAACAGCUCCAGAGCCCAUUUGAAGGCCAGGAGAUUCCAAUGACGGGUAUCCCUAUGCAGCCAGUAUACCCAUACCCCCCGGACCCCAAAGCUGGCCCUGCCCCACCGCAGCCUGGCUUCAUGUACCCACCUAGUGGUCCUGCGCCCCAGUACCCACUCUACCCCACUGGGCCCCCGAUCUACAACCCUGCAGCUCCUCCCCCCUACAUGCCACCACAGCCCUCCUAUCCAGGACCCUGAAGAAUCGCCUGUGGCUCUACUGUUCCUUCAGUGAUGGCAGCUUUGGGGAUGCCCGGUCUUGUUCCUGCAUCCAGCCUUGGGGAUGGGCAGGGGUGUUUUAGUCACUGGGCCCCCAGAUCAAGGCUGAAGGUAGAGCCCCCUAGAAGAGGAAUGGGAGCUGAGCUGGAGCUAGACUAUUUACAUCAGGCGUGUGGGGAGGGGCUUGGGGUCACUGGGCUAUUUUUAUUGGGGAGCUAGGGAGAUGGAUGACAGCCCUGGCUUUAAAAAACAAAAACAAAAAGUCCCUUUGCUCCCAAGGAUUUCAAUCAGAAAGUCAGGGCCCCUCCCAUCUGCCUGCUUUGGGCUGGGGUGGGGGAGGGGGAGGCUCUCUCAACAGCUGGCCGUGACUCUCCCCUCUGGCUGCCCCACUGGCCAGCGCUCCGGCCUGCUGGAUUAAAGCUGUAAAGAUGUAAA